AUGCCUUUCCGUCACCCCACAGCGGCCUCUACGCCACAGGAAGUGGAACCACGAUUCCAGUCCCUUUUCCGAGAACUUGAAAGCCGGCUACACACCGCUGGUCUUUCAAGCGACAAAUGGUAUCUGCUUGCAGUGUCCACCAUUGUAGCUGGCCCGCAUCCCGAGUCUGCCGAUCAGCUUUACCGACAUCUGAUCUCCCGAGAAGAACAUUCCACACCACGUGCUCGCCAGUAUCUUAUCCGGCGCCUCCGUGAAGCCCUCUUUAAGUCUACUAUCCUUGUCGGCGUCCCCAAGCCCAUUGUAGCAAUCUUAUCCAUUAGUCGACUCGAACAAGAGCAGGACAAGGACUAUACUUGUACUCGCGAGAGCUGGCAGUGCAACGCAUUCAACCAUGUCCGUGGCAUGUCCUGGUUCAAGAAGGUCUACGCGCAGAAUGCCGCUUCCACUAUUGACAUAUUCUCCGCACACCGAGAUUUUGAGUGGUUAACCAAGGAGAUCACAUAUGGGUUGUUUCUAUCAGAUAUGCAAGUUCUAGGCGAUAUUGACACUCAAAUGGUGGUGUUACCGGCGAUUAUGAGCCAGAAUUUGAAGAAUCCGAGCCAUUGGCAUAUUCGGGGCACCAUGAGAUUGGGACUCUCCAAGGAGGACAUGCAGGCCAUCUGGGAUUGUGUGCGGCUUGUAACGGAAUUUUUCGAGACGCCGAUGGAUAAUGUCCCUUUUGUGGAUGAAGUAGAGCCUGACGUUUAA